AUGGAUAAGUCAAUUUCAAAGAACCCUGGAGCGUUUUCUGAAUCCGAUCGUUUAGGAAAGUUACAUCAAGUGCUUCAUAUGACAAUUAAUGAAAUGACAGAUAAAGCGUUACGACCUAUGAAAGAUGGGACGCUCAAAUCUUUUUUUAAAAAUCCCCAUGAUUAUUUAAAUUCCUUUCAAUAUUUUUUAAAUGUAAGCCGAUAUUCGUUGCCUAAACUCCCCGAAUAUUUGCAAAAUGACGCCUAUAGAAAACAAAAAGACCUUUACGGUUGCCAACAGAUAGCCGAUUAUUUGAAUAAUAUUAUGAUGAAAAUUGGUGAAUUAAUGAAAGAAAAUGAAGGAAAAAAACAAUGGAUUCCAGUAUAUAGAGAAUUCUUUUAUCAAGCGCUAAUAGCUACUUCUAAAGCUAAAGUCAUUGAACAGCUAUUAGGUUUUCGUUAUCAUGAUAGAGAGCUAGAGAUAUAUAAAGAACAUCUUAAUAAUACUAUAAGUGCACUUGAAGAUAUUACAUUCGUUUUGGUUCAAUUGUUUGCUAACGGAUUCGUUGAUGGUAGAAAUCACAAUAUUAAAGAUCUUAAAGAAGCAGAUUAUGAAAAAUUAUACAUUAAAUAUCAGUAA